AAAGAGAGAAACCCCAAAAAACCGAGAAAAUACGAGAAAAGGUGGGAAAAGAUCAAAAGAAAGAGAAAGAAACCCUAACUAGGCCAACGCCGCCUGGUCCCUCUUUCUCACUCUCUAUUCCUUUUUGGAACCCUAAACCCUAACAUUCGCGGCCAUUAUUUUUCUUCUUCCGUCCUCUUCUGAGCUUCUUGGUGUUUUUUUCCCCUCAUCAAAGAAUCGAGACUCGUGAACAUCAAAAGAUCAAACUUUUAUUAAAUAUCGAAAACAAAAAUUGAACAAACCCUUACCGUCUCAGAUCCAGCCAAGAUCGGCGGCCAAAGAACCAGAUCUCAGAUCUGACACUAAAACAACUCAGAUUCUUCGUUGUCGUUACGAUCAUCAUCGUCAUGGUUAUGAACGGCAGGCCCCUGAAGAGGAUGAAGAGAAGAGUCACCGCAGAUCUCUAUGACUUCCUGAACUUUCCUGAAAAUACCAGUGGUGGUAACCACCCGGACGGACCUUUCAGGCUAAACGUAAGAUCGUUCCUCUCGAAGCAUGCACAGCUACCUCCACCUUCGUCUCUGUUCCCGCACCUCCUCACUUGGCAGAUCGUAUUCCGGAUCGGCGACUUGGUAGAGGGACCUGACUCGUCUCCUGCCGUCGUCGCUCUCGACGUCGUCGAAGAAGAUGUGACCAGGUCCAGGUCUGUCUACUGCGAUCAGUGCCGUGUUGUUGGAUGGAGUGGCCAUCCUGUAUGUGGGAAGCGUUACCACUUCAUAAUUCGAGCCGACACUAAUUCCAUCGACGGAUAUCACAAGCCCUGUACAAGUUGUGGGGACUUGGUUCAUUUGUCAGACCCAAGGUGCAAGUCAUGCAACUAUGUAAUGACUGCAGAAGAUCUGGAAGACUGGGUCUAUCUUCAGUUGGAGGACACUAAUCACCUAUUGCAUGGUGUUGUUCAUUCAAAUGGCUAUGGCCACCUUCUCAGAAUAAAUGGCAGGGAAGGCGGCUCCAAAUUUCUCUCAGGAUGUGACAUUAUGGACUUUUGGGAUCGGCUGUGUGGGACACUUAGAGUCAGGAAGAUGAGUGUGAUGGAUGUAUCAAAGAAAUAUGGGCUAGAGUACCGCAUUCUUCAUGCGAUAACAAAUGGCCUCCCAUGGUAUGGUGAUUGGGGUUUUGAAUUUGGAGCUGGUAGCUUUGCUCUAACUGUGGAUGCCUACCAGAAAGCAGUUGACACACUAUCUAAUAUGCCCCUAAGCCUCUUUCUCUCCCAAUCACGGAAACCUCGCAUGCGUCUUCAGGAUGUAAUUUCAUUCUACCAAGUCAUGUCAGAAUGUGAGCUUGAAACGACGAGAGAUCUAUUCCGCUUUUUGUUGAAGCUAAUUCAUGAUUCACACAAGAAGAGUGACCUUGGCAGAACCUGCAUCAAGAAUGGAUCCUCUAGUUCAACAGUGCUAUGUGCAUGGACGGUUGCUGAUAUUGACCGUGUUGAACAAGCCAUGAUUAAGGUGCUACGAGCAGUUGCAGCUGGUAGUGAUUCUCACUGGGUGUCUUGGCGUGCUCUCAGGGGUGCUGUUACUAAGUUGGGUUCUCCUGAGCUCCUUGAUUACUGCCUGAAGGACCUGAGAGGAAAAUUGACAUCGGGCGUGGUCGUCUGUUCCAGGUGCAACCCUGAUACAGAUGCUAUUGAAUAUGGACUUGAACCCGCAGCUGUUGUAGAGAAUAUUCUUGGGGAUCCAUUGGACGUGAGCCCAAAUUGCUUAUCGGAAGAGCAUCUUCUGCGUGACCUGAAAUUCAUAUUUGAAUCUCUUCUCCACCCUAAAACCAUGGUAAGCUAUAGACCUCAGUUGGCACGAAAGCUUGCACUCAGUUCAGCAGCAAAGCUAUUUGACUGCAAGCAGUUUGUCAAGGACUAUUCCAAGUGUGAUGAGAGGGCCACUGUAAAUCCUUUUGCAAUUCGCCUGUCAUGCUUAGUGGAGCUAUUGGAUCACCCUAAAGAUUACACUCAACCACCACCUGAAUUCAUUGUAUUACCGCUUAAUGCUACUGUUGCUGACCUGAAGGUUGAAGCGACAAAAGCAUUUCAAGAAGUAUAUGUGUUAUUUCGGAGAUUCCAAGCAGAGGAGUUGCUCGACUAUGGUUGUGUUGAUGACUCGACUCGAGUGAAGUUCCUUGUUGGGUUGAGCGGAUCUGUUCGGGUAAGAGGGAGAUGCCUUGGUAAACAUGGGCUGCGGCGGUUCCGGAUGGAGAGGGGAAUUGAGAACUGGACGGUUGAUUGCACUUGUGGUGCUAAAGAUGAUGAUGGUGAACGGAUGUUGGCUUGUGAUACAUGUGGUGUAUGGCAGCACACUAGAUGUGCAGGCAUUGAUGACUUUGCUGCGGUACCAUCAAAGUUUGUUUGUGAAGGAUGUGAAGUAAACCAUUACCCAGCGUCACCAACCUCUAAAGGUGGAAGACAAUGCAAAGAUGAAUCGGUCUCAGUUUUAAACGUUGGAUUUGAGAAUAACCUCACAAUGCCUUUCAGUGUACGAUGAUGAAAAUGUAUCUUAUGGUUGUAGAUGUACAGUUUCCCAUUUUAGGUGGGGUUUUUAGCCUAAAGAAUGUAUAGCGGCUUAGUGGCCAACUGGGUUCGGUUUAGAGGUUUUUUUUUUUAAUGCUCUACUUUUUGAGGGUGUUUGCUAGACCUUUUAUUAGGUUUCUUUUCUCUCUGUCCUUUUUUGAGGGUGUAUGCUUUAUAUACCCUUUAUUAGGUUUUUAUUUUUCUUGUUUUCUGGCUGUUUCUGUCAGUUCCAGGAACAGAAAAUCGUAUCUUAUAAGUUGGUCCGUUUUUUUAUGCUA